CGGAAGUGGAGUCGGGGACGCUUUAGGGAAAGUACCCGCGGAGUAAACAGACGGUGUUGACAAGCAGUGGACGGUGUAGGCAGCUUUAGGCCGCCAUGAACCGGCUGCAGGAUGACUACGACCCCUACGCGGUUGAAGAGCCUAGCGACGAGGAGCCAGCUUUGAGCAGCUCUGAAGAUGAAGUGGAUGUGCUUUUACAUGGAACUCCAGACCAAAAACGAAAACUCAUCAGAGAAUGUCUUACUGGAGAAAGUGAGUCAUCUAGUGAAGAUGAAUUUGAAAAAGAAAUGGAAGCUGAAUUGAAUUCUACUAUAAAAACAAUGGAGGACAAAUUAUCUUCUCUAGGAACAGGGUCUUCUUCAGGAAAUAAUAAAGUUGGAAUAGCUCCGGCAAAGUAUUAUGAUGAUAUAUAUUUUGAUUCAGAUUCUGAGGAUGAAGACAAAGCAGGUAUCAUGGUUUUGGGUUACAGAGGCCACGUCACCAACAGCCUGUUCCAAAUAGUGAUGCUGUUUUGAAUUGCCCAGCUUGCAUGACGACACUGUGCCUUGAUUGCCAAAGGCAUGAAUCCUACAAAACUCAAUAUAGAGCAAUGUUCGUGAUGAAUUGUUCUGUCAACAAAGAGGAGGUUCUAAGAUAUAAAAACUCAGAGAACAGGAAGAAAAGGCGGGGCUAUAAGAAGAUGAAGUCUAACCAUG